UAAGUAGGUACUUAGAACUAUUUCUUAUCAAACAAAAAUAUAUUGAAUUUUCUCGUCUCAUUCUUCACGUUAUCUGUCUCUCAGGUUCCUAGCAACAAUCUGAAGGUCUGAGAAGAUUAACUAUCUCUAGUGCGGUCAAAACAUCAGUAAUUUUUUUACAUAUUCUUCUUCUUCUUAUCUUUUGUCCGGUUUUUCGUCUUUUUGGACAUAUUAUCUGUAAAGAUAAUCGUAAAUUAAUACCAUGGCGUUUGAUAUCCCUCUGUUCUGUUUAUCUGAUAAACGCAGUCCUUGAUAAUACGUCGAAACUGUCGCGCGUGUUUUGGCAAAUAGACUAUUUGUAUUAUUUACGCUUAAUUAUAAGUUAUAAUUUAACUAAAAUAAUAAGAAUAGUUAAAUUAUUAUUUUAGUUAAAUUAUAUAUCUAAAGUGAUAGCGACGAACUUUUUAUAAUGAUUCAUGCUUCCGUGUUAAAAAUUAGUGACUAAAUGUUUCUACGGAAAUCCCCAAAUAAACUGUAAUAAAACAUGGUUUUGUGGUGAAAAGUAAUACGUGAAUUAAGGAUUAGUUAACAAAUCACAAUGCCUUUAAAAGAUAAUAAGGUAUACCUGACGGUCCGGUCCUUCCUGGACAUUUUCGUGCAGCGGCUGAAGGUGUUCGACCUGUUCCUGCAGGGCGCCUUCCUCAUCGUCAUCAUCCUGCAGAGCAAUGUGUACCUACUCCUCAAGCGGGAUGCCAGGGAGGGGUAUCAUUCUGGACGCAUUGGUGACUACGUAAUGAUCGGCUCCGGGAGCAUGGAGUUCCUCGUGGGCGCUGCAGUAGCCUGGUGGGGCAGAGGCCGGAGACAGCUGGCUCUGGCCUUCUGGCUAGCAGUCACGUCGGUAGCAGGACUCCUCGUCCUCGCCUUCCCUUAUAUAAAGGCUAGCCCUGCGGAGGUCGAGUUAUGUGGAGGCCACCCCAUAGGCAGAAUAUUGGCGACCCCCACGGUAGAUAACAACGUGACACUCAGAACGACUUUUCUGAUCAUCACUGCACUUCUGAGUUCUAUCACCAAACUCAGCGUGUGGGCGCAUGGACUCACGUACCUGGAUGACCAUGACCCUGCCAAUGGACCUUACUUUUACGGUAUCCUGAUCUCCAUCCGCCUGUCCCUGGGUCUGAGCGCAACCAGCUGGCUAGCCGCUUCCUCAGUGCGCGACGACUGGUGGCAGGCGCACCUGUCUCUCUGCAUGCUGACUCUCAUGUUCGCUAUACUGUUCAGUCUCUUCCCCACCAAGAUGGAGUCGUUUAAGGAGGUCGAUGAGGCCAGGAAUGGAGGUGCUGAUACUAGUUUCAUCCCGACUCUGGGUCGUCUGGUGCGCAAUAAAGCGCUGGUUACACAGACAGUAUCCGUGGCAUGUCUCACCACAGCCGUGUUUGUGUAUGUGCAGUACGACGAGGCUUAUAUUCAGGCAAGGUACCAUGUGGAAGCAAUCAGACAAGACCCACGGACUUCAAGAGUUCUCCCUGAAAUAUUCCGAUCCCUGGUCAUCAUAUUCUUCGUUAUGAUAUUCCGCGUCCGCUUCUCAGCGCGUCGUCCGGACGGCGUGAAGUCCAACACAGCGUCUCGAGUGGCGGGGGUGGUGGCAGUCUUCGUGGCUAUAUUCUUCGCAGCCCUGGCGGCUACUGGAUGUAACACUGGUGAUAUGGAUGGUUUGGAGGGAAGUUAUCAGCAGCCUGCUUGUAGUAGGAGCUGUUGGUGCAACUCAGAACGCUACGGGUUCAGUCCGGUGUGCUCACUGGACACACGAGUCACGUCCUUCUCGCCGUGUCACGCCGGCUGCACUGACUACGAAGAUCUGAACGGUUUUCUGCUGUAUAAGAACUGCUCGUGCAGCACAGACACGCUGCGAGCAGUGCGCGGCGCGUGUCAGCUCAACUCGUGCCGCCUCGCCUACUCCAUCUACCAGGUCGUGUUCGUGCUCAUGCUAGCGGUGGCUGGUGCGUGCUUCCUAAUGCAAGGCAUGGCUGUGAUCCGCUCGGUGCGGCCGGCAGACAAGGCGACAGCUGUGGGCGCCAGCCUGGCAACUGUGGCGCUGCUGUCCUUUGUUAUUGGCCAGCUUAUCUACAUGUUUAUUAGUUAUCAAACAUGCGCCUACUCAUCACACGGCGCAUGUCUCCUGCACACGCCGACGCUGUGGGUCGCGUGCGCCACCAGCGCCGGCCUGGCUGUCAUGGCUGCUAUCGCCAGUCUGGUAGCCAGCCGAAUGCCCACAGACGUCGUUGAGCCUACUACAAUUUUAUGAUGAUAGGAAAAAAACAAUAGUGAAACUGCUCCAAGUACUUGGUAGAUUCUGGGACCUUUACAUAAAUAGCUACAGGACAUUCAUUUAUUUAUUUUAUGCUGAUUAGAGUACCUGCCUAAUAUGCGUUUGGAUAAUACCGAUUUUAGUUUGGACAUAUUUGGCUUUUGCCGUUCAAGGAAUUUUCGUCAGUUUUUGUAUUUUCAGGGUAUUUUCGGAUAGAUAUUGAUUACUGAUUACGGGUUAUUAGGCUUCUGCCAAUUGGGAGGGGUAAUAUUGUAGAUCGUGUAGUUCAUUAUACAUCAUGAGGAGCAUGAAUUGGGUACAAGUUUGUAUAAAUUUAUAUUAUAAUUUAAUUUCGCACAGAAAAUGGUGUGUAUAAAUAUUAGAUUUUUAAGAUUUGGUAGACCGCUAGUCAAUCCAUAUACUUAAAUGUAAAUAUUAGGUAUUUAUUUUUAAAUUUUAAGUGAUUUUUGUUACAAGAGGAAAUAAAAUGAAAGUUAAACCUUA